AUGGCCGGCUGCAGAGAUUCUUCAAGGAACGAAGACACUUUGAAGCGAAGAGACCAUCUUCGAAAGUCGCCUUGGGACCACAAUCUCGAGACCGACCAGCUACUUGGAACACUGUCGACUAGAGAAAGGCCGGGAGUUGCAGCUAGCCAAGUUGGCCAUACAACCUCUUCUCGCCUUUCGAAAAACUCUCAGCGUUAUCGAUUGUCGAGCAUUGCUUCUCGACCGUUCAUUGGCGAUGCGGAGACCUCCGUCGUCAACCCACUGCGGUGUCCGGGUGGGAAUACUUGCGGGCGCGUUUACCAACGGUUUCUUGGAGUUACUCGCCAGUCUCUUCGUCCCUCUCGAAACUACGCUUAG